AUGAGUGUGCCCGAGAAGAAGGCGUCUCUGACGCUUUGUCAGCGCUUGCGACUUUUUUUGCUAUUUCAUUGGGCUGGUCUGGUCAUGUUCCUAACACCACUGGCUUUGCUGCCUUUGUUGUUCCUAGAGCCGGCGCUGGAAUAUCGCUGCGCUUAUGUCCUGUUCCUUAUGUCUAUACUCUGGAUUACUGAGGCGAUGCCCCUCUAUGUGACCUCAUUGCUGCCGAUUGUUUUAUUUCCAAUAAUGGGCAUUUUGGAUUCGGAGCAUGUGUGUCGUGUUUAUUUUUCAAACUCAUUGGUAUUAUUCUUUGGCAGUUUGGUUAUAGCGCUGGCCAUUGAGUAUUGCAAUUUACACAAACGCGUCGCCCUUUGGGUCAUCCUCUGUGUGGGCUGCAGUCCGAGAAAAUUGCAUUUCAGCCUGAUGCUGGUAACCAUGUUCAUUUCGAUGUGGCUAUCAAAUUCUGCAGCCACCUCGAUGAUGUGCCCGGUUGUCAAAGCUCUGCUUAAUGAAAUGGCCAGUGAAAAUAUGCUGGAGAUGAUGGAGGAGAAGAAUAUGAAUGAUGGCACACAUGCUAAUGGCUUUCCCAAGCCAUCGAAAAUUGUGAUCUCCUACUAUUUGGGCGUGGCAUUUGCAGCUUCUGUGGGGGGCUGUGCCACGCUCGUCGGCACCGGCACAAAUAUCAGCUUUAAGGGUGUAUACGAUGCUCGCUUUCCACACUCGCACGACCUCAACUUCCUGACCUUCGCCCUAUUCAGCAUGCCCACCAUGUUGUUCAUCAUCGCGUGCAUCUAUCUCUAUCUGCAAUGGCUGCACUUUGGCCUUUUCAAGCCGGACAGCAAACAGGCGAGGCAAGUGCGGGAGAGCGCCCAGUACGAGCAUGUGACCGCAUGUGUGCUGCACAAGCGACUCAAGGAACUGGGACCCAUUAGUUGCCACGAGCUGCAGGUGGCCACGCUCUUUCUGGCCAUGAUUAUCUUUCUGGUCACGCGUCAUCCGGGCAGCUAUGGCGGCUGGUCGCAGCUGUUCCAGCACAACAUGGUCAAGGACUCUUUCCCGGUCAUUGCCAUUGUUGUGCUGCUCUUUAUGCUGCCCGUCAACUAUAAAUUCUUCCGAAAUUUGACCUGUGGGCGCGUGUUGGGAUUGGAGGAGCUAUGCACUACGCCAGCGCUACUCACCUGGCAGUUCCUGAACGCCAACAAUCACUGGGGCUUGCUGCUGCUUACAGGUGGUGGCUUGGCCCUGGCCGAGGGUAUCAAGGCAUCUGGCUUUGCCGCUCUAGUGGGCGCCUCCUUUUCCGCUCUCCAGUUCGUGCCGCCCUGCGUGCUGCAGUUCUUCUGCAUCUGCAUUGCACUGAUGCUGACAGCGUUCUCAUCGAAUAUAGCCAUGUGCAACAUUAUCAUACCGAUUCUAAUGGAAAUUGUAAUUCCAUCACAGCGCACGUACAUCCGUUGUAUUUGA